AUGUUUUUCGUUAAAAUUGCGGUUAUGUAUUUGAUACUCGGCGUUUCUUUUGCGCAAGUUCGGGUACCGGGGUCUUGCCCCAAUAUCACUGGAACAAAUCAUAAUGGCUACAGGGGUUCCGGAUUAUGGUAUGAGUACGCAACUACCCAAGAUAAAUUUAAAAAUACUACGAGAUGCAUACAGUAUCACAUGUAUCUGCCAAAAAAUGGGGUAAUAUUCGCACUUGUUUCGGUCAUUUCUAAAAAGACCAGUGUCUUAUUGGAAGUCGAGGCCGAAGUGACUAUGAGCAAACCAGAUAAUAUGAUGCACACGAUUGUCCGCGACCCAAUUUUGGGAUUGCAACCUAUUCUGUUCUUUUAUAUAGAAGAGGUCUAUGAUAAUUAUCUAAUAACUUGGAAUUGCAAUAAUUACGGAUCUUACAAUGAGCAGGCUAUGACUAUCUAUACUCGACAAGCGAAUCCAACGACAAAUGUGAUUCGAAAAGCACAACAAUUAGCCUUGAGAAUGGGUCUCCCACAAGGAAAAUUUAUUAAAUAUGAUAAUAAUUGUAACUAA